AUGUUGUCUGUGUCGGCUGUACUCUACCUGACAUCCAUACUCUCCGGGGUCACACUAGCCACACCCUCAGCAAACCGUCGAGACUCUCAUGAAAUAUGUACGCCAAACUUUGAGGCGGACGCCCCUUACGACUGGAAUAACUCGGAGGCCGUUGGACUGCUGAAUGGUGUGGCCGUGGGCUCAGCGCUCAUCAAGAGAUCUCCCGCUGCAUUCUUCAAGUUCACGAAGAUUUCGUCGACACCGCCCUCAUUCACAGUCCAUGCCUUUGAUAAUCCGGAAUUAGCUGUCGGACUCAGCAGCAACAAGUCCCUCACCCUGACCUCUAGUCAUGGCGACGAGUAUGCUCGUCAACUCAGUGAUACCAAGUUCCUCAUCGAAUGUACUUUUUGCGGCAGUGCGGUCCAGGACAACUGCUUCAUGAAGCUCGCCGAAUAUCCGGACCACUGCGUUCAAGUGGGCAACGCGAAGGAUGCCGCUGGAAACCCGACAAGAGGCGGUUCGGGAGAUCCGUUGUUCGUGACCUCGCCUUGUAGGAAGGACGACAGCCAGCGGUUCAACUAUUUCAAGAAAGACCUUCCUCCUUCCCCGCCACCUACGCUGGAGACUCCCUCCACACCACCUUCGGGGCAAGUCGUUUGCAACCCCAACUUCGAGUUCGAGGGCGUACGUGUGGCGAACAGCGCCGUCAACUGGGGUGCUCCUGCUUUCGUCGACAACACGGAUCUUCUGGCGGAGAGCGACUUCAACAAGCGUCUGGAGAUUCGUUUCGAGCAAACUGGACAUCCCAACCCGUACUAUAUCGCUAAGUCGUUGAACGGAAGUAACCUUGUGGUCGCUACCCGCGCCGUUAACGAUAACUUGUACUUCAUCCCUGCCGACGAGCAGAACGAGUACGUUCCCUUCCGCGUUUCAUCGCUAACUUCUCCUAACACAGUUGUUGUUGUUAGCCGCACGAAGUUCCUAAUCGAAUGUGUCUCCGGAUGCCAGGGUGCUGGCCAGGUCCCUCCGGGAAGUCUUUCUGCAGAUGGGUGCACGAUCAAGUCCCAGUUCAACGGCAAGUGCGUCCAAAUUGGCAGCGGCCCACAAGCAGGUUCCAACGGCGACCGCAUCUUCCUCAACAACUGCGACGCGACCGACAGCCAGCGCUUCAACUUCAUCACCUCACCCUUCAAGAGAACCGGUAUCGAUGUGAACUUCAACUCCGACGUCGCGCCUUCCAGCGAUGUCAAGGUGCACCUCGCUGGCAACGAAGACGGCGGUGAACUCGAUGUGGACUUGAAGGAACUGAUCAGGAACAGUUAUAUUGCGCUUGGGUUGCUCGCGGGUGUCUUGGUCGGCAUGAUCGUAUUCGGUGUGAUGAUGCUCGCACGAGGAUGCAUGAAAGGCCGCGACUCGAAGCCCCGAUAUACCGUUGUAGCCGGCAAGAACGACGUCGAGGCAUUCACGGCGCCUUCUGGUCGCUACAGCGACUAA